AUGAGACUCCGCUUGACUCGCCGUUGUUUGGGGCAGCUGGUGUUAGUACUCUUCGUGGUUUGUCCAGGAAUCUCAUUUCUGGGCCUGCGUCGGGAAAGCAAAACCGCCACCAUUGAGACCAUUGACGCGUUGGUCGCGGACCUUGAGACGAUGCCGCAGGGAGAUGAUGCCGCCCUGGUGGUCUCUGCCUUUCUGAAAGGUCUACAGCAGAGCAAACUGCUGACGGACAGCAACUAUGACUCAAAGCGCCAUGUUGCCAAGUUUCGAAUUGCUGGUGGUGGGGCGGUUGGCGACUUCCUGCCCGAGUUUCGGAUAUGGCUUCGGAUCCUCCUUGGACCCAAGCUUCAAAUCUCAUGGGAGAAGACACGAGUUGGAGUCAGACUGCGCUUUUCGGGGCUUCACUUUGCUCCUUUGAAUGGAGCAGAUGAACUGUACGUCAAAGCGGGCUUGGACUCCUUCACUUGUGCUUCAAUCAAAUCAGUCAGUCAAGAGGAGUUCUACCAAUGCCAUUUGAAGAAGGCAUUGAUGCUCGAGGACUUUUGGAAGAACAACAGAUCCUCAAUCCCGAAGAACUUGCAGCAGCAGUUUUCCUUUAUCGGGGACAACGCUGUCAUUGCACAUCUUGCUGAACAACUGGGGCACGGGUUUGGCUGGAGCAUGCUCCUGGUGCUGUCCGCCCCACCGUCAAAUGUCGACAUCCUUGACUUUACGGACAAUGGGGUGAAAGGAAGUUCCAGUCAUGACAGGAGCCAAGCUGGGGCAAAGUUGUCUCAAAAGCAUGGCUUCAAGGAUCUUAGCCUGAACAUAGCGCGGCCUUUGGUUGGAGAUACACGCUUUGGAGGCAUUGUCAGAUCUGUGGGUGACAGAAUUGUGCCUGUUGCUUGCAACUUUGGUAUUUUGUGUUCAGUGGGUGAACCUCGGUGGAGAUCCAGGAACAUUAGAGGAGCAGACGCAAAGGUGGUAGCCAGCAUGUUCCGGCGAAAUGGUGACAAAGGCCCAAACCAUGAGGUUGGUUGUGUGACUUGGACGCGAAAACGGCGCCGCUAG